UGCCCCUCCACCCGCCUGCACACCCGCCGUCCCCGCAGUCAAGCGAGAGGCGACAGCUAGCCAGCUGCGCGUCUUGUGUUUUUCGGAUUUUGCGGUGCGAUCGACGUUCCUUUCUUAUUUUGUUGUUAUUUAUAUAAAAGUAAUCAAGUUUAAUUAGACAAGCUACGCGUGUGAACUUUAUGUAUGCAACACUGAAAUCUAACAAGUCUGUGAACUUUUGCAGUGCAUUGUGACUUUUAAAAGUGUUCGAUACAUGGAUACCUGUGUCUUUUGUCUGUAAAACAGUGGAUGAUUAUACGAGAGGUGGUGGUAUUUAGUUGUUCAGUACGUUAUUGUCAGAUCUUGUGCCCGUGGACCCAACAGUGUGACCAGUGAUUGUUGUCGUGGCCGGUUUCCAGUGAGGAAACUUUCCAAACGUGCAUAAAACAGUGGGUAAUGCUUUCCUAGCGAAUGCGGGCCCUGCCUGCACGCAUUCCGUAGGGAAGCAAGUGCCGGCAAUAAGCAUUUUACGAGAGGCGAGCGGCGCGGGUGGCGGGGCGGGCAGCGUUGGGCUGCUGGCCAUGAACGCCACCCAGGUGCAGUGCGAGCCCCACGACUCGGUCGUGCUCAUUAAAUGUGAGCAUCGGUCAGCUGGCGGCAGUUGGGAGGAGCCAGUGAGCGCCGUGCGGAAUACACCGCUCCGGCGCUCACAGCGGCUCAACUCGACCCUGGACUCCAGGAGCAGUGGUCAGUUACGCAACACGCUGAGCCGAGCUCGCGAACUGUGCGAGCGAUGGCGAAGCGGCGGUGGAGCGACUCCUGCGCCGCCUGCACCCCCUCCCGACGACGAGGGAGGGGGACGGCUGGCCCGCUGGUUCAGCGUGAGAAGGGGAUCCUCGCAUCAGUACGAUAUGCAUGGACACGAGACCGACAAGAUGCCCAAAUUACCCGAGUUGGAGGAGGACUUGUUCUCAUGCGGCGGCGAGGUGCGAGGCGGGCGCGUGCCGCCGCCGUCGCUGGGCGCGCCGCCGGACUCGCUGUCGCCGGUGCAGCUGCGGCGCCGGCAUGUGGUGGCCGCCAUCAUACACAGCGAGAACUCCUACGUAGCCACGCUUCAGAGGCUCAUCAAUGACUACAAGAAACCCCUCGAGGAGAGUAGCCCAGCAAUUCUGAACGCAAGCAAAAUCCAGACACUAUUCCACCGGCUUCCAGACAUCUUGCAGUGUCACCUACACUUCCGCACAGCGCUGGCUGAUUGCGCGCGAACGUGGGACCGCGAUGAAAAAAUUGGCGAGGUCUUCAUGAGCGCGUUCUCGAAAGCCGUUGUGCUGGACGUGUACUCUGAUUUCAUCAACAACUUCUCGGUUGCCAUGGAACUGGCCAAAAUGGAGUCCAAGAGGAAAUCGGCGCUAGCUGACUUCUUCAAAGUGAAGCAAAUCAGUGCUCACGACCGACUGUCCUUCUUCGGGCUGAUGGUGAAACCUGUCCAGCGGUUUCCGCAGUUUAUUAUGUUUUUACAAGACUUACUAAAACACACACCCCCGGGCCAUUCAGACCGGGUCUCCCUACAACGUGCCUUGACGAGGCUAGAAGCUCUAGCCGAUGCCUUGAACGAGAGGAAAAGGGACGCUGAAAGGACACAGGCUUUCCGCGCGGCUCUCCGUCGUUUAACGCGCGGAGGAGUGGCGGGCGCGGGCGGGGCGGGCGGCGCGGCGCGGUUCGGUGCCGCGAGACUACUCGCCUCAAGGGCUGAUAAACGACAUCUGUUACGGCAGGACGACUUGCUGCAAUUGGAAUUCAACCAAUCAGGCGGCUUAACAAAAUGCAAGCCGCGUCGUCUGCUACUACUGAACGACUUAGUAGUUUGUGUGUCUGUGGGAGCCGGCAGCGACGACGCCGAGCGGCUCGGCCUCAAGUGGGCUCAUCCCGUGCAGGACGUCGAGGUGCUGGACACCGGCACCUCGCCUACACUCAGCAGGGUAUUGGCUCAAGGCAUGAACCGCAGCGGCAGUCUCCGGUCAAACAGCAGCAGUGGCAUGACGGCGUCGACAGGCGACUCUCUCUGCAGCGAGAUGUCUGCGCUCAUGCACGACUACGAGGUGGUGUCCCGCAUGGCAGACCUGGCCGCGUCUCUGCGCAUGACCUACCCCGAGCUCGCGGCAGACACCUUCAGAGCUCUGCUGCAGAACAUACAGCGGAGUAUACAGAAAAAAGACGACGAGAUGGCGUGGAUGGACUCAUGCUGCCUACAACUGACUAUCCGUGGUCGUGAGGAGCCGCUGACUUUCCGGGCCAGCGAGCCCGGGGCCCGGCUGGCCUGGGCUACGGAGCUGCGCUUGGCCCAGCUGGCCCAAGCCUCGGCCAACUCGCCCGCGUGGCGCCUGCCCUCGCAGCUUGCGCCCGCGCAUAAGAUGCCGCUCUUCGUUGCUGCCACGCCUGUGUAUUCGUCGAGGCAGCUUACUGAGGUCCGUUGUGGAUGCUUCUACACGUCGUGCGGCGGCGGUCGCGGGGCCUCGCUGCGGCGCGCGCGCUCGCUGCUGUGGGUGAGCGCGGCGGGCGGCGCCGACAGCCACGUGGCCGUGCUCACGCACCGCGCCGCCAAGCUCAAGACGCUCGUCACGCUCGACCUGCCCGACACCAAGGUUACCUCAAUGGAACAUGCCCGUGGAGUGCGACAAGCGACGACACUCUGCGGUGACACCGUGUGGCUCGGUACAGAAGAUAAGAAAAUCAUCAUAUUCUCUGCAAUCGAGCCCGAAAAACAGGAGAAGUUGACUGAAGUCCCCACAAUCGCGUCGGUGACGCAGAUUCGUUACCACUGCGACGCGAUGUUCGUAGGACUGUCCAACGGGCGCGUGUCGGUGUACCGGCGGAACCACGACGACUCGUGGGCGCUGCAGGAGCCGCUCGCCAUCGAGCUCGGCGACCGCCCCGUGCACUGCGUGCUGCCCGUCGACGGCAUCAUCUACGCCACCUGCGCCAGGCGGGUCUUCGCCAUCAACGCGCUCACCGCGGAGAUCAUGAGGAUACUUGAACUCAAAGGUGACGGCGACCGAUCCGUCAAAUACCUCGCGCACUCAGGAGUUGGCCUCUGGACAGCCUUCUCGGAUUCGACGUACGUGAGUUUGUAUCACGCUGAAACUUUUGAACACCUUCAAAAUAUUGACAUCGCAGCCGAUGUUGCGAAAACUAUAGGGGCACGAGAAGGAAGCAAACCCGCGUAUGUGUCGGCUUUGCUCGCGUGCCAGGGACUGCUGUGGGUGGGUACCACUGCCGGCAUCAGCGUCACAGUGCCGUUACCGAAGCUCGAGGGUCUGCCGCUCAUCGGCGGACACAUCGCCGCGUCGUACCACGCGCACGCUGGACCCGUGUCCUUCCUGCUGUCGCUCAUGCCUGAGACCAGAGACGUGGACGUCAACACGGUGCGGCGGAACUUGUCCAACGCCCGCGCCCUCGCCGAGACCGUCAACACUUUGCAUGAAUUCAAAGAAGAAGACGGCAAGGAAGACAACGACAAGCCGAAACUGGAGAGGCGGAUCUCAGAAGAAGCGAGUCCGUACCGGCCGCAGCGCGUGCAGUCCGCCGUCGUGCGACGGAAGAAGCCCGGCGACGUGCGCCUCAGCAAGACGCUACCCAAGUGCGCCAACUUGAACGCCUGCGACGUGUACGGGCUUUAUGGAGACCUCAUGUUUGUGAAGGAUUGUGUCGGCGAGGCAGACGUGGGAGGGUCGGGGGGCGAGGCCCUGCGGCGGAGCGACCCCGAGCUGGCCGCCAUCCCCUUCCGCGUGAGCACGCUGGACCGGCGCCUACGCAUGCGCGCCGGGCGGCCGCGCAGCCUGGACCUGUCGAGCUGGUCGGUGGACUCGCGCGCGUCCAGCCUGUGCACGUCGUCGGGCAGCGAGGAGUCCAUGGCGCUGCGCGGCGUGUCGCGCACCAGCUCGGGCGCGUCGGGCGCGGCGGCGCUGGCGCCCGUGGCCGCGUCCACGCCCGACUCGGCGUCCGGCAAGUCCAGCGCGUCGGAGCGGUCGCGCGACGCGGCGGAGACGCGCGCGGAGGCGCGGGAGACGCGCGGCGCGGCGCGGAGCCUGCGCGGCGCGGACUACGUGGUGGGCGAGAGCGCGGCGCGGCGCUCGGUGCUGACGGUGGUGGGCGGGCGCGGCUACGUGGACUGGCGCCAGACGGCGGACGCGGCGGAGCGGCCGCAGCCCGCCGCCGAGCCCAACCCGAAGGACGCGCACCUCAUCCUGUGGGAGAUGCGCUUGUGACCGCUCAAUAGAUAUCCGCCGCUCGGACUCCACGCGGGGACUCUCGCCGCUCCCCGGGCGUCGCCCGCUCGACGGAUCCUAAGUUUGUUCUUGGCGAUUUAUGUGUCAUAUUUAAUUUGUCGAUGGCCUGUAAAUAUAGUGCUAAUACGUAAACUCGUUAUUUAAGGUUUUACACGAAUUUCGAAUACGAUGCUACUACACCCACACGUCCGUUAGCAUUGCACUGAAAUAAUUGUGAAACAAAUAUUUACAUUUGUAAAUUUAUGCGAAGCUUUAAAUUAUUUUUUGAAGUUAGAGCUACUGUCCGCUGGCUCGACGUUUACAUUGGUUUAGUACUAACACUUCAGAAGUGGUGCAUUAUUUUUGUGAUUGUCUAUUGAAAUGUUGAUAAAUUCAUAAAGAUUAUUUAGGGUGCGUUAAUUAACUGUAUGUUUUACAAAGCUAAUUCAUCAAUAGUUGUUGUGGUUUAAAUAAACCCUAAACAUUUAUACACUAUUAUAAAUUGGGCCUACGUAACCGCGGUGCCACUAUUGCGUCGAUCGUAACAUUAAUUGCAGCUUAUUUAGCAUAUACCUAUUUAUCUAAAUCAAGCUAACAUUAUUUCAGGCAGAGGUUUACCUGAAUGUAAAUUAGAUCAGUUGCAAUCUGCCACCAAAAAAAUAUGAUCACCUGUCCAAAAGAAAAAUUAUCAUAAAUACCAUUAUUGUAAUAUAUCAGUUUAUGAUCCUAUUUCAAAUGUAAAAAUAAUAUAUUAAUGUGAGUAACAUGAACCGCCUUCGUUCUUUAGAAUUAUUACAUUUUUAUAUCAAUAUUAUAAAGAAAUUCCAAUAACAUUUAAUUAGUUUGUGUCAAUUUAACAUUUUACUAAUUAUUACUUUUAAUUUUGGAUGUAAAUUGGUUUGAAUAACAAUUAACAUAACAUAAUGGUGGCCUUAAUAUGUACUUGAAAUUUCCAGUGUAUGAUUUGUAUAGCAUUUGUUUUUAAGCUUUAUUGUUAGACAUAUUAAUGUCGCUUUAAGAAUUAGACUGAUUUAGCUAAGCGUUAAAAUGUACUGUUAAUGGAAUUAUUAGUAAUUAAGAUAAACGACAUUUGAAAGUUCUCAAAUUUCUGUGCACCAAGUAACUGCAUCGCAGCAUUUCUAGAUUGCACAUUUUAAAAACGAACGAAAGCUUAUAUAAACUUGAUUCGAACAUUUUUGUUGAUUUAUUAUUAUAUAUUCUGAAAUAUUCUUGAUAUUAUAUAUGUAUAUCCAACUACAACCUGUUAUUGAACACGGUUCAAGUCCGUAUGAAGUUUGCUCAUGUUUUGUCAAAGUUUAUAAUUAUUAAAUGAUCACUUUAGAAUGCGUGUUGAUUUUGCAAUAGUUGAUACUGUCUUACAAGUCUAUUUAAAGUUAAUCGUUACUUUGUUUUCGGUCAGUAAUUUCACAAAACAACAACUGUUUUGUUUUGUUCGUCCAAAGAAUUUCAUGUUAAGUCAGGCAUUACAAAUAUUAAAUGAUCCACAAGAAAUUUAAAUGUGCCAAAUUGUAAAAUAUCAGAUAGUACCUACUUAUUAUUUGUUGUACAUAAUUUGUACAUACGAAAAUAUCUUAAAUGACAUGUAUUUCAUGGCUCAUGUAUUAAGCACAAAAGUAAAUGUUACAUGAGAAAUGAAAUACCUGAUUAAUAAUUUAUGUAAAUACAGGAAUGUAAAACGAAAUCUCGAAUGAACCAUGUCGAAACUGUUUUGUUAACCCAUAUCUAAAAAAAAAUUGGUAUAUUUAUAUUGCAAAAUGUCACAAGUGUACUUUUGUGUAAAUAAAUUUAAGUUUAUACAUAUACACACUGUA